AUGGAAAAGCAAGCUGGAGCCAGCUGUUGGGAUCGUUAUGGGAAUAUACUGAAAGUGGACACAAAUGGAGCUUCGGAGGCAACUGCAAGACCAGAAGGACUGAGCUACGCAGGAGUUACCGCCUCAGAGAAGAUUGCAGAAAAGGAUUUGAAGAACAUGGAGAAGUACCGUGCCAAGAUUAUAAAGGUCGGCAACAGCAAGUGUGUUGACCCAGCUGUGAUUGCUGGUAUUAUCUCUCGAGAGUCACACGCUGGGACAGUGCUGCAGAAUGGCUGGGGUGACCACGGAAACGCAUUUGGUUUAAUGCAGGUUGACAAACGGUACCACAAGAUUGUCGGGUCAUGGGACAGCGAAGAGCACUUAGCACAAGGCACAGAGAUUUUAUGUGGGAUGGUAAAGGAAAUACAGAAGAAAUUCCCAACAUGGACAAAGGAACAGCAGCUCAAAGGUGGCAUUUCUGCCUAUAAUGCGGGAACUAACAACGUCCAGAGCUAUGAAAGAAUGGAUGUUGGCACAACGCACAAUGACUACGCCAAUGAUGUGGUUGCAAGAGCCAAGUUUUACAAGAGAAGUGGAUACUGA